UUAUUGUUUGUCCUGAGGUGCAGGGACGCGAGACAUGACAAAAUCUCUUUGCGCAUGUGUCCAUCGCGAUGGCGGCUCACACUUGCUUACGGUAAGGGGCCGCAAGAGGUCGCACAUGGCCCAGCCUGACAAAGAUACAGACGAAAGAGUCCAUACGACACCAAAUUGGAUGGAUUACAGUAAAUGUGUGUGUGUGCGUGUAGCUCACCCAGCUGCUUGAGCUCGGCCUCUGGGCUCCGAUAAGGGUCAGUGCCCUGCUCGGAGCCCUCCAUGAUGUGGCGGCGACGGUCAUCCAUGGCCCCUGCCCUCACCUGCAGCCAUCAAUGGAAUACACCCAACACGUCAACGACACUAUGAGAAGUGCUGCCGUGUGUGCCUUACAGCCUGGUCGAAAUCAAACCACACCCCAUUCCCGCGGAAGGAACGCUGUCCCCCUGCACCCAU